UUGCGUGAGUGGCAGACAAAUAAAAAUAUAAAUAAAUACAAGAAAAAAAACCAAUUGCAAAUUCUCUGAGGCGCGCAGCUGUUGGAAACAAGUCGAGGCGUGUGCCAAUAAAAAAAAAACACACAAAAUUUGGCUAGCACAAAAAUAAAACGAAAACUAAAAAUAAAUAUUACUUAAAGAGUAAUAUAUAUAUAUAUGUUGAAAAGUUAUUAAACACAAUGUGGCGCCUCUUAAUACUCUGCCUGUGCCUGCUGAGCUAUGUGGCAGGCAAUCAGCACUUGCAACGCGUCGAUGCACAAAAUCUGGAUGACGACGACUAUUACAACGAUAACGAGCCCAACGACUCUAUUAACAGCGACAUCCACUUUAAUCACGACAACUGGCUAAGGAUAACAACGCAUAGUGCAACCUCCUCGCCGCCGCCAAGCGAGUGGCAGCAUUUGAAGCGUCUGGUGCGACAUCCCUACGUAGGACGCCAAAGUCCGCAUGCCCCACACGACAAUCGCUUGGAUGGCGACGCAGCAAGCGCAAACUCAAACGCAAACGCAAACGCUGCCGCCGCCUUUGAUGAGAACGAAAAGGGCUAUCAAUCAGAUCAGGCAAUUGGUGUGCUGACCAGACAGAAGGAGCAGGAAGUGGGCACGCCGGAGAAGGUGCAGAGUAGUCUGCGCCAGUACCAGGAACUAACCAGAAAUCAAUUGAAAGACAAGGCUACUCUACAUGUGCGACGCAUGCUAAUCGAGGGACUCUGCAAGCUGCCCCAACCCCGCAUUAUCUACAUGAACAACGAAACCUCCAAGCUGUAUUCACCACGAGUGACGCGACUGCAUCGCUGCGACAAAUACACAGGCUGCUGUCCGGAUCCGACAGACGAGUGCUCCGUGAAGAGCAAAGAAACCGUAGAGCUUGUCUUCUGGGUGCUCGAGGCGGGCAGUCAACGCGCCCAUGCGCAGACCGUGCAAAUGACAAAUCACACCGAAUGCGGCUGCGUCAAGUCGUCGAGUCUACGCAGCAAGCGCAGCUCUGGCGCCUGCCGCUGUCCCAUGCAUUUCAUCAACUUUAGUGAGGCAACUCAGCUGCAUUGCCGCUGCGAUUGUCAUUUAAACAAUGCAACGUGUCAGCGUCUAAAGAAUGGCGAGGAAGGCUUUGCGCUCUCCGAGCGACGCUGCAUUAGCCAGUCAAAGUGCGAGCAGCCGAUUUGCAAUUAUGGCAGCUACAGUCAACACAGCGGACGCUGCCCACGACCCUCGCAACAGCAGCAACAGCAACGUCAAAGAGAAUAUGGCUAAGCUUUUAGUUUGUUGUUGCAACAUUUCUUGCUGCCAUGCAAAAACAUACAACAUAGCAAUCCAGUUCUGUGCAUACAUUAAAUUUUCAUUUAAAAUUUAACAUAAAAUACACAAACAUAAAAUAGAACAUGUGAUGAAAGUUUGGAAUUCGCAGCAGCCUUAAAAUGUGUACUUAAAAUUGAGCAAAAUUCAACAACUGUCUAAUUUAAUUAUCAAGCGCGUCGUUAUAAACAAAAGCUUUGCACAGAUUUCGCACGCCUUGGUUAUAUAUAACAAAUUGAAUUGCAUUAAAAACUUUUGUAAAAAGCACAACUUUUAUACUAAAAGUCAAAAUUAUACGAAUUUUGUUUGUGAGCUACUUUCAUACUUAAAUUUAAAAAUGCCUGCAGUUAAUGAUUUUACUAUUAAGCCACUACUAUUUAGCUCUUAAGUUAUUUAAGUGAAUUGUUUAAACGAAAUGAACUGCUAUUGUAAACAAUAAUUUAAAUACUGUCGCUUAGCUCAGCACAAAAGAAAAACGUAAAUUGAGUGAAGAGCAAA